UUUGCUGUUUAUUGAGUAAAUUGAAAAAUAAAUUAGUUAAAGUACAAGUGAAGAAAUUAAAAAACAUUUAAUGCAAUUAAUGUUGUAUUUUUUAAAGUUAUUAUUAAUUAUAAUAUAUACCUUUAUCCAAAACAGAUUUAUGAUAGUGUGUGUCGUUUAAGCCAUUGAAUCUUUAUUAAAAGACCGCAUAUGAUCUGAAUAGGUAUAUUUCAGUGCGGGUGCAUGUACUAUAUGUCUGUGCAUGUAACAAAUCGCAAAUUUUUUUUAUUAUUAGAACUUAGUUUAUAAGCAAGUAUUACAUGAUACAUUUUCUGAAUCAUUAUUAAAGGAAAUUUAUUCAUCAUUAGAUUUGAUCGCAGUUCAAGUGUUUAUUCUCCCCUCAUUUUAUUUCUAAGAACGGAAGUUGAGCUGCUCAUAAUUUAAUUUUCUUCGUAGAAUAUCUAAUAUGUAAUUACCAUUGCUUUGUGGUUUAAUGAUUUUUGCCAUUGGUUGAAAACGCGUUGGACAUUUAUCUCUUGAUUAAAUUUUAUUGUGAAGAGACAAAGUUGCAAAAAAAAAAAAACAGAUAGGCAUGAAACUGUUUCUUUUCCCACAAUUUUAUCUAUACAAUAUCUUUGUUACAUCAUGGUUGAAAUACACUUAAUGUGUUUCUGGCAGACAGUAUAAUAAAAUUAUAGGAUGUUUAUAGGAAUAAUGAGUUCUAUCUCGACUUCAUAGUAUGCGAUGUAUAAGCGAUUGAUCCAUGUUACUAGCAGAGACACAUCGUGUGAGAAUGAACUUGGAGAAACUGACGGUGCUUUCUCAUUUUUUUUUCAACCAGAGUACCAAACAUAUGUAUUAGAACUAUUUAUUAUUUUUAUAAAAUUUUUGAAAUUAUUGGCAAAUGACAAUUACAAGUACUAUCAGCCCAGCGCUGAAAUUUGGUCUUCAAUUUUUGGGCUUUUGGCCAGGUGUGUCAUAUUCUACCAUUUAUUGGUCGAGUUUUAUGUCGAGCAUGCUGAUUGUUCAGUAUUUUCAAUAUUUAUACGUAUUUGAUCACUUGAAGAUGAGUGAGUUAUCAAAUCUUGUUGAUAGUUUGGUUGUGACCCUAGAUUACAGUUUGUCAUUUCUUAAAUUGGCUAGUCUAUGGCUACAUCGUCGAGUUCUUCAUAAAAUUUUAGCAGACAUGGAUAAUGAUUGGCGGGAGUGUAUCAAUAUUGAACAGCAUUUAUAUCUGAUGACAAUCAAAGCUAAUAUAUCGCAUUUCUUUUCUAAUGCUUUAUUGAGUUUUAAUGUAAUUGUUGCAACACUUUACCUUUUAGGUGACUAUGUAAUUCGUUUCGUAUUUGUAACUGAAAAAUAUAAUGAUACUGUACGCCAGCUUCCUAUAAAGAUACAAUUUCCAUUUGACAUUCAACAAUCUCCGAUAUUUGAAUUUACUGCUGUAACAGUAUUUAUACAUACAAUGUUACAGCUAUGGACGAUCGCCAUUGUAAAUGGAUUAAUUUUUACUUUGGUGCUCCAUGUAAGUGGACAAAUUGAUAUUAUAUGUGAGGAAUUCAAAAAUAUUUCAAAAAAUAUUCUAUUUUAUGGAUCUUCCGUACCAUUUGGAAUGCUGAUCGAGAGGCAUAAUAAAGUCAUUUCAUUUUCCGACAAUAUCGAACAAUUAUUCUCUUUUAUUGCAUUAAUGCAAGUUGUUUGGAAUACUUUAGUAAUUUGUUGUCUAGGAUUUGUUUUUAUAAUUUCCAUCUAUAAUGGAGCUGGUGUUUUCAUGUUGAUGAAAACUGUCCUUGCUUAUCUUGCCAUAACAACGGAAGCUUUUCUUAUAUGCUUUGUAGGAGAAUAUCUUAGCCAUAAGGGCAAAUUAAUUACCAGUGCAACAUACGAAACGCUGUGGUAUAAUAUGUCGUCAAAUCAAUGUAAAAUUAUAAUGCUUAUUAUGAUGAGAUCACAAAAACGAUUGGCAAUCACAGCAGGAAACAUGUUAUAUAUGUCAUUUGAAACGUUUACAAGUAUUAUGAAGGCAUCAGCAUCUUACGUUUCCGUUUUGAUUGCUAUGUAUUAACAUUAACCAACACAAACAAUAUUUGUUUGUUGAAUUGUAUAACGUAGUUACUAAUAUAAGUCGUUAAUUUAAACAUGUGACAAAUUUUUAAUAAUAAAUUAAAUACGUUAUUAUACAUUAUUAUUACACAUUAUAUAUUUUCUCUAAAAAACCAGCAAACUGCAUUAAACAAUUCAGACACUGACUUUUUACUAGAAAAUUACAUACCUCAUUAAUAUUCAUAUUUCAUAUAUUUUGUUGAUAUAUUUGUAAAUGAAUAUCUGUAAUACUUUAACAGACAAAAUUUUAUUUUUUAAAUUGGUUAAAUAAACAAGUUUCUUGCAGUAACAUUUAAUGAAUUAGUAAAGAAAAAUGCAUUAUUUCAGUUUUAGUCUGAGAGUUUCCUCUUUGUUGUUCUCUCUUCAUUAUCUUUCAAAGACCAGAACUGUAUGAACGUAACUUUUCCGUUUCUGUAGAAUAUCUAAUCAUCAUAAUUGUGUAUUUAGUAAAUUUCUAUUAUUUGAUAGAAAAUGUGGAAAGUCAUUUAGACUUUUUUUCUUGUCUAU